AUGCAGAUCCUUCAAUUCGCUGUGCUCAGGGGCAAUAUGUGUAUUGUUGCGAUGCAAUCCUCAACACACAGUCUGACCCAACACGCAAGCAAGGCUUUCCGACGUUCCGCCAGUGCGGAAAGACUGGCGCAAGUUGUACAGUGA